AUGCCUAACUGUAUAUUUAAACUAAUAUUCUGGAAAAUACGCAAGCGCCUUUCUUUAGCUGCUACUAUUAAAGAAUUGAGAUUUCUUGUAAUGGCUUAUUCUUUCUGUAAACGUUAUAGCAUGGGCAAUUAUUGCAAAAUGAUAGAUAGUGUAAUGCAUUGCAAGGAGUGUAUGUAUUGCAGUCAUUCUUAUAAUGGGACGGGUAUUUUAUUGUUAGCUUAUAAGUUUAUUUUCUAA